GUCCUGCAGCUGGCGUCCAGCAAGCUGGAGGAGAUGAACGAUGUGAACAUAUCCACAGCUCUUCACCGUAUUUGCCGAGCAUGCCAGGGAAGACCAGACAUGGCGCAGCAGAUCAAAAGCCAUGCAGACUUUCAGAGGCUGGUCCGCGCUGCCGAGAAGCUGCUGGCUGAUCCAAAGAAAAUGGCAGCAAAGUGCUGCACAGUCAUCGCCUGGUCGUUGGCAAGCCUUCGCAUCUUCAAAGCAUCGCUCUUUGGCCGGCUUGCUGAGAGGCUCGCCGCGUCGGCGGACUUGAGCCGCUGUGAGCCCUACGAGAUCACGAAUUUGCUCUGGGCCUAUGCUGUGCUUUGCAGGCAGCGCCGGAACUUGGGUGGCGAGCUGCUAGCAGCAGUCCAGGCGCUUUCGGCCACUCUCACGGAGAUCCUCCGCCGCGCCAGCACUUGGAAGACACAGGUGCUCGUCUCUGCACUUGUCUCCCUCGCCGUCCUCCCAUGGCAAAGUUCAAGUCUCCCAGUCUUCAUCAGCAUCUUGGAUGAGUUGUUCAAGCGCCAGGAGCUUACCGAAGAGAACGCGCGGCCGCUGAAAAUUUGCUUUGAGGAGCUGCAAAAGAGACAGAAGGAGGCCUACUCGCACAUCACGGCCAUCAUUUGCACCAAAUUUCCAGCCUUCCUGAAAUUCGUUGGUGGACACGAGCAGAAGUCUGCCUUAAGCAACCGCAAGCGCUGA